GGUACAUAUCCCAACAGAUACUAGAGUGCUUAGCGAUUUAUACAGUUAUUUUGGGGGGCUUAAGAUCUAGAUACCUGAAAAUUUGAUGGCUACCUAAUUAGGUAUUGGAUCCUUCUCGCCGAUUUAUAGCAAUUCCUGCGUCAAUCCUGGCAGAGACAAGCCCCACACGCGACGUCGGACAGGGAUAGGUCUACGCGACCUUGCUACGAUGCGUAAUCUAUUUAUGAAUUGCUGCGAUGCAUUGGUCGCUCAUUUCGAAAUGCUACCUUCUGCCCCACCCCACACCCCCUUUUUUCGGUGCAUAGGCGCCUAACUGUUACAUAGUAGGUAUGGCGAGGCAAUGGCGAAGCAGCAGUAAUGCCAUCUUUGCUGAGGUACAUACUAUUACUAAGUUGUAAGUAAAAGAAGAGCUCCUUGAAGUUCUCGCUUUUUCAAGUUAAGCUACGGCGGGAAAGCAUCAAUUAUUAGUGUCAGCAUGAAUGCACAAGAAAACUUGGAGCCUUCGCUCCUUUCGGCAAGAAUUUUCCAGCGCCAAAUUCCCUUUGAAGAAGAGGAUAGUCAUUGCGCUAAUAGCAACUCGACUGUAGCUCAGAAAGAAUGCACUACGCAGAGAGGAUCCGACGUCGUCGACAGCAGUUCAGGUUUACAAGAUAACGGCCACGCUCUAUGCUCGACAUGUACAUCGGCGGAUUUGGCUUCACUAAUCGUCAAGGUACAGGCGAAGCCGGCCGAUGCGUUUACCGUUCGGCUUAUAAGACGUCAAAACCCACAACUCGACAGUCCAGCAUGCCCACUCUGUAACGUCAUUUCCUGGAUGCUACAAGCAGAUCCCGACGCCGAUAGGGGCGGAUAUAUGGUAUUAAUCUUAGCUACCGCUAAAAGUGAUAUUUUGUUUCCAUAUAACUUUAAACGUAGGAAGCAAAUCUUCUGUUUUCUCAUACUUAGAGAAUGGCCGAUGAAAUCCACCGCUCCUAGGAUUAAUAGACUCGCAUCGGUGAUUAUAUCUCAAUCGUUCCUCGAUACCAAGCACAUACACCAUUCAAGAUUGCAAAAACCCCUACGAAAAUGCGUUGACUAUUGGCUAAUACAAUGGUGGCUCUCAAGAUGUGCCUACAAUCAUACAAAUUGCAAACCUCCAAAGGUCCGGUUACGAGCGCCUUCGAAAUUGAAACUAAUCGAUUGCCAGACACUGAGCAUUGUGGAGGCUCAGCCGUCGUAUGAUUAUUUCGCUCUCAGCUAUGUUUGGGGCCCGAAGAAAUCCUGUGACUUUCCACCUAGGGGCGUCGAAGACUUCCCGGCAACUAUCAGGGAUGCAAUCAAAGUUACCCGCGAAUUGGGUUGUCAAUACCUUUGGGUGGAUCGAUAUUGCAUCAACCAGAACGAUUCGACCCAUAAACAUGAUCAGAUCAGACAAAUGGGGCGUAUCUACAACCAAGCCUCUUUGACGAUCAUUGCAGCGGCUGGAUCGGACCCUGAUUACGGCUUAUCGGGAGUAUCCCGAGAACGCGAUGAGAUACCUAGCAGAACCUUUUGGAAUUGGAGAAUAGAUGGAUUUCACGCGCAUCCUUCUGAAACAAUUCGCAAAAGCGUCUGGAUGACUAGGUCCUGGACAUACCAAGAGGCACUGUUGUCUAGGCGUCGCUUGAUUUUCACAGAUGAACAAGUAUAUUUCGAAUGUCAGGGGUCCGUCCGAGAAGAGUUUCUUACUGAAGAUUUUGGCGUAUCGGAUCUCGGAGGGGUCGUAUCUAUGUUCCAUGACAGUGUAUUUGGAACUCAGUUGUCAGAGAUCUUCACUUAUAUAUCAGAGUACUCGCAAAGAAAUCUCACGUACGAAGGGGACUAUCUCGACGGUUUCUUAGGUAUCCUUGGCUCACUUGCUGAAGCUAAAUAUCCCAUUCGUCAUCUAUUCGGGGUACCGAUAUUUCCUUCGGUCGCAUGCGACGACUCAGAACCUUGUGUUUCUGCCAUUAAGCAUAAGAGCUGCGGAUGUCGACUAAUGAUGGGAAUGAACUGGGGACUAGAGAAUGGGGCGCGUCGCCGAGGACACGGAUUCCCCAGUUGGUCUUGGGUUGGUUGGUCAGGUUCGGUUACGUGGGAUGCGUAUGAUUCCAGUUCAUUUUCAGUCCUGGAUUCUGACAAUGAGGUCCGGGUUGAAGACACCUCGGGAAGGAUUCUUCCGCUAGAAAUGAUAUGCAACUCAUCAGACGAUUUGCUUCUGGAACAUUACAGCCUUUCCAAAAUUCUUCACAUCAAUUCGGAAGUGUCUGAAGUCAAGGUAGUUUACCUUCGUCAAGAGUUGCGUGAUGCAUUUAGACUUUUACCUUUGAAAUGGGCGGAUGGUUGGGGAUUAAGAGAAUCUUACUUGGGACUCGGGUGUUGGGCCACCUGGGAAGUUCGAGGGGGCCUGCUUGUAUAUAUACGUUGCAUAUUAUUUGAGGAUCUUGGUAAGAAUUCUAUGAGAGAUAAUAUUGCACAGAUAGGGAAAUUCAAGGUUCUGGUCACUGGAAAAUUCCAUAAAAGAGGAAUCAUUCAUGGGAGGCUGAUACAAGAUGUUGGGGAAGGAUAUGAAGUAGUUGGGCGUGUAUCUUUCCAUGAUCAUAAUAUGUAUGCACGCAAUGUUCAGGGCGAUUUAGAAACGCUUACUUUGCAAGAUAUACGACUAACUAUGGCGUGGGAAUGGAUUCGUUUAUUAUAAUAGACUUUACUUUUUUAUUUCAA